UCAAAAAAAGUCUUUUUGUAGUCGUUCAACUUCGGAAACAGGAUAUACAUCAAUCGGAAGGUGUGUACUUGUCAUAACAACAAAAAAACCGUGCAAAAUCGUCAUCAAAAUAAGCGUAUUCUGGCCUUGAACAACACUACCAAUUGUGAACCAAACUCGUGACAUUUCGGAAUAUGGGCGCAGCUGCGCCCCUAGCGGCGGCUGCGGUCGCUACUGCUAGUAAUAACUUGGUACUUGGUGAUGCCUCGACCAGAAGCGGUCAGGCCCUUUAUAAUGGCCCGAUGGGCAACCUAGGAAUCGAGACACCACAGCAUCGUAAAGCAAAGGCAUCACAGAUUAACAAACUUGACAGACAGGGUGCGUACAAAGAAGCAGGAGAACUGUUUCUAGAACUAUUGAAGAAAUCGGAUGAUCAGGGCAGGUGGCAGCAGUUCAGAGAUGCACUACAAGAAGAAGAAUAUGAACAUGUAGUGACACUUCUGAAUGGAGAUAUUGGCACAGAGAAUCAUAACUAUAAAGUAAAAAUUAUUGAACUUCUUCAAAACAGCAUAGCCGAAAAAAUUGAUGCAACAGAACUUUGUUAUCAUCUGAAAGGUAAAAAUAUAAUUUCUAACACUGAUGAAGAAGAAAUUCUCCAAAUUAAAGAGAAUCAUGGCAACAUCGUAGCCUCUCUAUAUCUUCUGAAUAACAUCUGGAAGAAGAAGAAAAACUGGUUUGAGGAGUUUCUCAGUGUUCUUAUUGAUCUUGGAUUGGAUCAUGUUGCUGAACUCCUAGAUCCAGUCUAUGUGCAAAAAUAUAGAGCACACCACAAGCCAGGGCAAGUUGAAUCAAUGGAAGUGGACACAAGGACAAUGGUGGCAGGUUCAAUACAAGACCACGGAGAGGCGUAUACUUCAGUGAAGAACUUUGCUGACGAUACAUCUAUUUUGGAUGAUGAUGAAAACAUCUUAUCACAGACCAUGAACAAGCAAGUCAGCAUGUCAUCAUUAGACGAAUCUAUCCAAAAACUUAAUAUCAACCUGUGUGAUUCAGAAACCAAUGAAAAGCAAGAAAAAAUAACUGGCAACAAGAUAACAGAUGAAAUGAAUGUAGAAACAGAACUUGAAGGCCAUUGCAGCGAUGAAGAGAAUGUUGACAUAAAUGAUACAGACAUUACUGAUGAUGAUGAUCCGUCGGCUCCCAAUGUCAAUGUUCCUUCCAAAACACUGCAGCUACGUCCUUACCAAGAGGAACUGGCCACCUUGUCUCUUGCAGGCAAAAACACCAUCAUUGUUGCUCCAACAGGAAGUGGAAAAACUAUAGUAGCUGUCAGGAUUAUGCAAGAACAUUUAAAGAAAAGGGGAGUAGGUGUGAGGAAAAUAAUAUUUCUUGUUAACCAAGUGGCUUUGGCGAAGCAGCAGUUUGAUUCCUGCAAAGAGUACAUGAAUGCUGACUGGCCACUUCAACUUGUCAGUGGUGACACACAGGACACAAACAAAGUUCCACUGAAAGACCUGCUCGAUAGAAACAAGAUUCUGUUUUUAACUGCUCAAAUACUUCUCGAUGCCCUGAGAGACAAGGAAAUUGAAAGCCUGUGCACAAUAUCCAUGCUGAUAUUUGAUGAGUGUCACCACACCAAAGCAAGGCACCCAUUUAACGAGAUCAUGCAUCUGUAUAUGGACUUGAAGUUUGGAGAAAAUGCAGAUUAUAUCAGACUUCCUCAGAUUGUAGGUCUGACUGCCUCUGUUGGAGUGGGUAAAGCUAGCAGCCUUGAAGGUGCUGUGACCCACAUCAAGAGCCUGUGUGCUAAUCUCGAUGCUGAAACCGUGGUAACUGUAGAAAAGAAUGCAGAAAGUCUUGCUCGGUUUGCCAAGGUUACUGACGUAGAUGUUCAGAGAUGUAAUAAACGUACAGAAGAUAAAUUUUACAACUUUGUUACAGUGAGACUGAUGAAGCCAAUAGAAAUAAAGAUUCAAAGUUGUGGAACUUCAGACCCCCAGACUACAGGUUCACUGCAGUCCAAACUGACUCCACCAGCUCAGGGCGGAUGUGACCAGUACUCACAGUGGAUUAGUGCCCUUAAAAGAGAAGUUGCCAAAAUUGAUGACCAAAAACUGCAGAGGUUAUUUGUUUCCCGUCGCAGAUAUUUAGAGGUGUAUAAUGAUGCACUAAUUCUCAAUGAAGAUUGUCGUACAGAAGAUGCUUUACAUUACAUGGACUCAAAAUUCUCGGAGAUCUACGAGAAUCAGGCAGGAUGUACAACCGACGUAGACACCGAGUUACGGGACGCAUAUGAAAAAAAUAAGCCAUAUCUGCAAUCCAUAAGCAAAGAACCUGGAAGCAAGAAUCCUAAGAUUGUGUGCCUGGAAUCAAUGCUUCGAUCGGCAUUCCGAAAGAACCCAGAGUCCCGUGCUAUGGUGUUUGUGAAGACACGAGCUCAGGCCACCGCGUUGAAGAGCUGGAUGAAGGAGACCCCAGGACUUAAGGACCUCAACCCAGGAGUGUUCACAGGGGCACAGGCCUCCGUUGACAAAGGAGGCAUGACCAAGACACAACAAGUUGAUGUUCUGAAGUUUUUCCGACAAGGGCAGCACAAGCUGAUCAUUGCCACAUCAGUGGCAGAAGAGGGCCUGGAUAUCAGUGCAUGCAACCUUGUUAUUCGUUAUGAUCAUGUGACCAAUGAAAUAGCUAUGGUCCAAGCUCGAGGUCGAGCUCGUGCUGAAAACAGCAGGUUUGCAGUUAUCGCAAGUGCACAGAAAGGUUCUGCCCAGAAGGAAGAGCUGAAUCUAGUGCGCGAAAUGCUCAUGAAACGAGCCAUCCAGAAACUUCAACAGGAGGUCGGGGAGAACAGCGAAAGGUUUGGCCAAAACCUUGUAGAAAUUCAGAAAAAGAGCAAGGUGGAUCGGGAAAUAGAAGCAGCAAUGUACAAAGGCAGAACUCUGAAGCAAGAAGAGUUUGUACUGAGGUGUUAUGGAUGCAAUGCAUUUGCAUGCAUUUCAUCAGACAUAAAAACCAUAGAGAAAGUACACCAUGCUAUUCUGAGUUCAGAUUUUGACGAACAGGUCAAUUACAAACCACAUCCGAAGCCAGUUGUAUAUGGAAGUUUCAAAAAGCAAGAGAAAAUGUAUUGCAAGAAGUGCGGUCAGGACUGGGGGAUUUCUGUAAUUUACAAAACGGCCAAGUUCCCGAUAGUGAAGAUUGAGAGUUUCAUCCUUGAAGAUUCCAUGGGAGCACGUGAUAUUGUCAAGAAAUGGAAGAAUGUUCCAUUUGCCACAAUGGAAAUCAAUCAAGACGACAUGGAAAAGAAGCUGUCCAUGUUAAAUGAUAGCCAGUAACGUGUUUAUUAAAGAUUUGACAAUAACCAAAUCACCUGAUAUUUCACUACUGGUUGUGAACAAUUAACAUUUUAUAUCCUUAUCUACUGACUGUUAUUGAUUCAGUAGUUUUGACAAUUAACUUUUGUAUGCAGACAUAAUUUUGAUUGCAGAUUUGCACUGGCUUUAAAACAUCAGCACAAUUGUUAAGACCGAUACAAAAUAACGGUAGUGACAUUUGUCGACAGAAGAUUUACAAGAUAAUCUUACAACUUAAUGAGACAUUAUCUCGAUUUACUGGAGAUAACAUAUUUAUAUUUGUGUUUAGUAUUAAAUUAUUUUAGGACAGCCCAAUUAAAAUGUGAUGUUGCUAUUUGUUUUGGUAAAAUGUGCAUAUGUGUAUAAACUGAUAAAAUUGAACUAUUUAUGCUUUGUAUAUAAACAAAAAUGCUUAAAGUUACAAAACCAUACCAGUGAUAGCCUCAAUUAAAACUUGUUAUAUACAUGUGUGUUAAUAUAAUUAAUAAAUAUAUUUUGUUUAUUAAGUGGGUUUUUUUAAAAGAGAUUUAUGUUCUCUUGAAGUUGAUUGAAAUAAUUGUCUGUAUUAUCAAUGCACAGUUCUAGUUAUUCAGUUUUUGUGUAGCAAAAGUUAAUACUGGUAAUUAUGCAAAGCAAAAAACUGGGGUGCUUUUCAAUAAAUAAAAUUUAAU